UAUUAUCUCAAAUUACAACAUUACUACCAAUUCCAAGUCCUACUGUUAGCUUAAAUCAAUCUGCAGUCAAUGUAAACACAUCUGAUACAACUUCUUUACUAAAUCCCAGACUUUAUUCGGUAUUGAUCAGGAAUAAAACGUAUCCGGGAACCAAUUGCACAUAUAUUUCAACUCCUCAGCCAGAAGAUAAUAUUAGU